GUGACUAGUUGCUUGAUCUGCUCAAAGAAGGGUCACCUCAUCACAGACUGCCCAAAUAAAAAUGACUUGGUGGAUUUUACUUCUCGACUAUGCGUUAAAUGUGGAAAUACGGGGCAUGACAUGGUCUCAUGUACCAAUAACUAUGACUCUAAAGAUGUCAAGGCUAUGGAUUGUUACAUUUGCAGAAAGUCUGGUCAUCUGUGCUGUGUGGACGAUAAAUCUGAUGGGUCAACAGGAGCUUCGUGUUACAAAUGUGGGCGGUUGGGCCACUAUGGUUCGGAGUGCAUGAAGAUGAAACUAAAUGAUGUUGCCGCUUUUGAUCCUCAACCCUUUUGCAAGAGAUGUAAAUUGAGUGGUCAUUACAGACGAAAAUGCCCCCAAAAG